UGUGCGCUGGAGCCAUUUAUUUUACACUAGGAUAAUGGUCAGAGCCACGAUAGUAACAUAUAAAAUUAAUGUUGACCGUGAUCCGAUCUUUAAAACACAGCUCUGCUGAUGUUGUUUUCUGUAAUAAUAAAUCAUUUUCUUAAAAGGUCAGUAGGUACUUAGUAUUCUCAGUAAUUAAAGCAGUCAUUAUAAAUGUGACACUGACACUGACAAUCGCUAUCACAAUUCAAAACAUGUUACAGUGAACACGGUGAAAAUAAUAAAUUAACUAAAGAUAAAUAUUUAUUUUAAUUGCGUAACGAACGUGAAGCGCGGUAGCCUCUGCUCUGUGAAAUAUAAGUUCGAUUAACGAAGCAAAUAUUCUGUGUAACAUGAAUAACGUAAUUUAUAAACUUUCAUAUGUAAGUGCAACUUCAGGAAUAAUAAGGAACUUCUCUGUAUCAGCUGUUAAUAAUGCUAAUUACUCAUGUAAGCUAUUAGUGGUUGGUGGAGGCUCUGGGGGAUGUUCAAUGGCAGCUAAGUUUGCCAGAAAGCUAAAGAAAGACUCUGUUAUUGUAUUGGAGCCAAGUUCCGACCAUUACUACCAGCCUCUUUUCACCCUCGUCGGCGCGGGGGUGACGUCACUCUCAGCAACAAGGCGUCAAGCGCGAUCCGUCUUACCGUCUGCGGCGAAAUGGCUCCAGGACUCAGCAUUGAGCAUAGACCCCAAGAAAAGUGUUCUCACCACCACCAAAGGGGACACUGUUAGCUAUGAGUACUUAGUUGUUGCUGUCGGAUUGAUCAACGAUUAUGGUAAGGUGCCCGGACUAAAAGAAGCAUUGAACGACAAAAACAGCGGAGUUUCAACGAUAUUCUCAUCGGACUACUGUGAGAAAACGUGGAGCGAUUUAAAGAGUUUCAAAGGCGGUGACGCGGUGUUCACUUACCCGGACACGCCUAUCAAGUGUCCCGGGGCGCCGCAGAAGAUAGCUUAUAUGGCCGAUGCUUAUUUUAAUAAGUCGAACGUCCGAUCGAAAUCUAAGAUCACCUACAACACGUGCCUGCCCGUUAUAUUCGGCGUGAAGAAAUACGCAGACAUACUCUUGAAGGUGGUUGAACGCAAGAAGAUCAACGUAAAUUACAAGACUGUGCUCAAAGAAGUGAGGAGUGACAAGAAGGAGGCUGUGUUCUUCACCGCGUGCGAGGACAAGGAUAAGGUAACGACCCAGCGCUACGACAUCCUGCACGUUACCCCGCCAAUGAGAACACCGGAUUUCCUGCAGCAGAGCAAAGAGCUGGUCGACGCGACCGGGUAUUUGACGGUCGAUAAAUACACUCUGCAGCACACCAAGUACCCGAACAUAUACGGCAUAGGAGAUUGCACGAACACCCCAAACAGCAAGACUGCGGCUGCUGUUGCAAAACAAGGAUAUGUGCUAGAACAAAACCUCCUCAAUACAAUGAAGAGGGACAACCCUAAGCACAAGUACGACGGGUACGGCGCGUGCCCGCUCGUGACGUCAUACAACACGUGCGUGCUCGCAGAGUUCAUAUACGACGGUGUGCCAAGGGAAACGCUCCCUAGAUGUAAAUUGCUGGUAGUGGGAGGAGGUGCGGGUGGAUGCAGCAUUGCGUGGCGAUUUUCAAAGCGUUAUAAUAAAAAUGACAUUAUUGUGAUAGAACCCAAGAAGGAUCAUUACUACCAGCCUCUGUUCACAUUGAUAGGAGCGGGUGCAAAGAAGUUUUCGCAAAGUCAUAGACCUACAAAGUCUAUACUGCCCAAAAACGUAUUAUGGCUGCAGGAUAAAGUCGAUAGCUUCGAUCCAUGCAAUAAUUUAGUAUACACUGGUUGUGGAUAUAAGUUGCGAUACGAUUACAUGGUGAUCGCAGUUGGACUGAAGAAUGAUUAUCAUCAGAUUUUAGGUUUAAAAGAUGCUCUAAGCAACCCUUUAGCCCCGGUAUCAACAAUAUACUCACCGGAUUAUUGUCAAAAGUGCUGGUGCUGUAUGCAGAACUUCCAAGGUGGAUUGGCUAUAUUCACUUUCCCCAGAAAAGCUGGGAAAUGCUCCGGGGCUGCUCAGAAGAUUAUGUAUCUGGCUCAUGAUUAUUGGAAAAAGAAAAAGCUCCAGUCUUCGACAAACAUAGUUUACAGUACGGCAGGAGAUGUUUUAUUUGGAGUUCCAAAAUACGCGACGCCUCUGUCAAGAAUUGCCUGGGACAAAGAUAUUGCCGUGAACUAUAAGCUCGAGUUGAUUGAGGUUACUCCAAAGAGGGCGAUAUUUCUGGAUUGCAAGGAACAGACUAUAACCCUCCCAUACAACUUCCUGCACGUAACUCCGCCCAUGUCGCCGCCGGUGUGCCUCACGAAAUGCGAAGAUCUAAUAAACGAGGACGGGUAUUUAUAUGUAGAUCAGUACACCCUGCAACACAGGAGGUACCGCAACAUAUACGGACUGGGAGACUGCACCAGUUCGCCCAAUAGCAAGACAGUAGCUGCAGUAGCCAAGCAAAGCUAUGUAGUAGCGGAGAACCUGUGGCGAACAAUGUACGGCAAAGAGCCGACUGCGAAGUACGACGGCUAUGGCGCCUGUCCCAUACUCACAUCCUACAGUCGCGGUAUUCUAGCCGAGUUUGUGUACGACAAGAAACCAUGUGAAACUUUCGCUUUUGAUCAGAGUAAAGAGCGGCGUUUGGUUUGGCACCUUAACAACAGUGUUUUCCCUCACUUGUACUGGAAAAGACUUAUUAAGGGCAAAUGGAACGGACCUUCUACGUUACGCAAGUUCACCAACCCGUUAAAAACUUAAAACACAUGGAAAAAUAAAAAUAUUUUAUUUCAUACAAAAAUCACUAAACUUUGGACUAAAACCGUAACGUAACCGUAACCGUUUGGACGUAAACUUAAAAGUAAUAGUUAAAUAUAAUAGGUAACAUAAUAAU